GUUAUGAGCAAUAAAGGGGCUUAUAAAUAAAAAUUUAAGAAUGACUGAAUCCAAGGAAGAUGACAAUGUUAUGAUGUCCCAGAUUGAGAACAGAGACGUAACUUCAAGCUUUGCACAGAAAAUGGACAAUAUCGUUUCGUCCGAAAAUAAACAAUCCCAGUCUGCUGCUAAUAAACAGAAAGAAGUUCAAGAGGAAUUCCAAGAAAAAGGCAUCCAAAACGAAAAAUAUGAUGAUGGUAUUGAGAAGAAGAAAGAGACAAGUAGAAGCGUGAAUGUCUGCAAAGAAGGAAAACAAAAAUUUUGGGACGAAAUAAAAAAGCAAGUUGAAUGUGGUGAAAACAAAGAAGAUCAUUGGAAGAAGACAAUUCUUUGGCGUGCUUUUCAGUUUAGUCCAGUAGAUCCGAAAAUUUUCAAGUAUUUAGUUGACCAUGGAGCAGACGUCUAUUCCAACAACGAAGAUGGUGAAACAGUUUUCUCGAUAGCGACGAGAAAUGGUUUAUUUGAUCUUGUUAAGUAUUUUGUUCAAUAUGGCCCUGAACAUAAUUUUCGGGACGAUUCUAAAGUUCUUCAGAGUGCAAUACAGUCUCGACAUGAAUGCUAG